AUGCAGUUUUCCCCACCACCACCUUUGAAAUCCAGGAUGGGGCAGGAAUCCUUUACCCUCCAUUUCCUGAAGGUGCUGAAGGAACUCCUGGCGUUUGUGCUCUUCAGUUACACCGUCUUGUUUGGGGCGCUGUUGUUGGCCGGAUGGACGACUUACUUCCUUGUGCUAAAGUGACACCAUGUUGGGAGUUCUGUCCGGUGCUCUGGAGACCUCAGCCGGACAAAAUAACCCUUUCAUUUUGUUUUGUGAUAAUCCUGAGGUUUCAUUUUUAAAAUCUAUUUCUUGAGUAUCAGAAUCUCGGAGAGUUAUUAAGGCACGUCCUCUCCCCGAUCCAUUUUUUUUUCUUUUGUAAUGUCGCGGGAAUAUCCGUAUUUGAAGCCCAGCAAGUGGCAACAUGCCUUUUAUUUCCUGAUAUUGUUAAACGCUUCGGUGUCGAUUUUUUGCCUGGAUUUGAUUGAACUCUGAAAUGAACUCACUUUUGAAUUUUUUUUUCUUUUUUUAAUGAGGUUUUUAUAUUUCCGGUUUCAGACAGCUUCCUCUUCCAAAAAAACGGCUCAAUAAAAUCAUUUGCAGGUGUAGGAUUGCCUGUGUUAAAUGCUUACAAAAUUAAGUGUAACAACUCACAUUGCUACAUCUUAUAAUGUCUAAGCUUUUGAAAAAAAGGGGGGGGGAAUUGAACAUGUAUACAUAGUCGUACAUAUUCUGAGUGAUUGAUAAAUGUUUACUUGGUAAAAGUUAAGUUAACUGUCUGGUUCGGUUCUGCAACCCAACAAGAAAGACACAGACUUCAGAGGAUAAUUAGAACUGCAGAAAAAACAAUUGCUACCAACCUGCCUUCCAUUGAGGACCUGUGUACUGCACGAAUCAAGAAGAGGGCCGUGAAAAUAUUUACAGAUCCCUCACAUUCUGGACAUAAACUGUUUCAACUCCUACCCUCAAAACGACGCUAUAGAGCACUGCACACCAGAACAACUAGACACAAGAACAGUUUUUUCCUGACGGCCAUCACUCUGCUAAACAAAUAAUUCCCUCAACACUGUCAAACCUAAAUCUACACUACUAUUAAUCUCCUCAUCGUUUUCAUCACCAAUCUCUUUCCACUUAUGACUGCAUGACUGUAACUUUGUUGCUGGCAAUCCUUAUGAUUUAUAUUGAUAUAUUGACCAUCAUUUGUGUUGUAAAUGUUGUACCUUGAUGAACAUAUCUUUUCUUUUAUGCACACUGAGAGCAUAUGCACCAAGACAAAUUCCUUGUGUGUUCAAUCACACUUGGCCAAUAAAAAAUUCUAUUCUAUUCUAAUCUAACAACAAAGCUGCUUUGUAUUGUUUUACAUUUCUUAUUAAUAAAAUUUAACAUACGCUUUAACUCCAAUUCUUUGCGUAGCAAAAGUAUGCUGUACAAGUACAGAUAUUUUGUCUGAAGCUCCUGAGUGGUUGAGUUUCUCUGCAAGGGAAAUGAAUUGCCCAAUAAUUGAGUUAUUGGUGGGUUUCUAGCUCAGGCUGAUUUACCACCCAGCUUGCUGACUUGAAUAACGUUAAUGCCUGUUUUGGCUUGUGCAAAGCUGCCUGUUUGAACCGUGUAUGCAUAAAAUCAGAGGAUUCAGAAGAGUUUAAUUCUGACCUCAAUAUCAAGUUAAUAAUAAUUUAAAGUGAGUUUUUAUCAGCUGCAAACAUAAGACACUAAGGUAGAUCUUGCAAGCCAAUUAAAAAUGUAAUGAGUGAAAUGCUCAGGAUGCCUUAUAUUGGAAUGUACAAAUAAUGCUAUUGUUUAAUUAAUAUGUUUAAGCUUAUAAAUGCCAAACACUAUAAUAAAAAUAAUUAUAGAAAUAAAAAUAAUUAUUAAAAAUAAUUUUAAAACA